AUGGCAAGAUGCUAUGAUCGCUAUGGCCGUGUCUACACCUGUAAUCGCGCAUGGAAUACCUGGGGAAGAUGGGUUCUCUUUGCCGUGAUUGUCAUCUCGUUCAUCCUGUUCUUCUUCCUGUUUAGCUGCCUUUCCGCACGACGGCGUCGCAAGAGAGGCCUGCAGCCAUUCUACGGCACCGGAUGGGUCGGCAACACCCCCGCCGGUCACGGCGCUGCAACGUACAAUCCGCAGUACCAGAACCAGACGCAGCAACAACCUCAGUACGGCAACCAGCCAGCCCCUGCGUAUGGACAGGGACAGGAGGGAGGCUACUACAACCAGAAUCAAGGGGGAUACGGAGGAAACCAAGGCUAUUAUGGUGGUCAGCAAACUGGCGCCACAGAGCUUCAGCCGCCAUCGAAUGCUUACCGCGCCGGUGAUCAAGUCUACGAGCCCCCGGCUGGACCUCCGCCCGGUAAAGAUGGGAUAUUUACCUUCUUCGUUCACUGCUGGCUACUGCUUACGGGCCCCUCCCCUGAGAUUCGCAGAGAUCGUCCAGGCACAUGCACAUGUUCUGCUACCACUCUCGCUGCGACUAAACCAACCGCGUUGAUCCUAUCCUAUCUUACCCUACCCUUCCCAUCCCCUCGCUCUACCCCCCAUUCGGGCAGCGUACAGCAGGAAAAGCCAGGCCGAGGUCAUCAUGUCCACCACGAUCAACGAGAUCCAAAAUGCGCCGCAGACCUUCUCGAGCUGGGACAGCUGCAUGCAAAAGGCGUACUGCAAGUGGCCGGCCAUCAUCGGCAUCAUCGUGGCGGUGAUGAUCGCCGUGUCGGUGCUCUGGUGCUGCCGGCCGCGCGCGGAAACGGUCCAAGUACGCGGAUGUGGAUGCGCCGCCGCCCUCGAGCUAUCGCGGCCGCGAACCCGUACACGGGCGGCUACACGCCGAAUUAUGGCCCGCCCGCCUACAACGGUCCCAACACGGCGACGUUCGACGUGCCGGGGCAGAAGAUCAAUGGGGAUUCCCUGCCGGCGAUGCCCACGUGGGCGGAUGCCAAGGUGGAGAACUCCAACCCCUAUGGCGGCGACGUCGAGAUGGGCGAUAUCGCUCAGCCUGGUCAGGCACCGGGCGUUAUUCCAGUAGCGGCAGCGGCAGGACGGACAAGCAGAGGCGGAUACCGUGAGUUGCCACAUCACGACGAUUCUCUCGACCAGCCGGGGAGUUACCGCGGCGCCAACUCGACCCAUCCCUACGGUUCAGAUCUCGGCGCCCAGACGCUGAUGCCGCAGAAUACCGCUUACGACCCACCACCACCGCCGCCUCAACCACGAUUCGACCACUUCCAGGCCGCCACCGCGGGCUCGACUUCCUUCCCCCGCUCGAGUCCCUUCGCACCGACUUACAACGCGUACGCAGCGGAUGAGGGGAGCUCGAGUCGCCAGGCCGGACCGCCGAGUCUGUUGCAGGUCGGCAGGAGACCGAUGUGA